GAACAAUUUCUGACGAGACAGACGUUGCUUCCCGGACUUGUUUGUGUGGGACGCCGCUGUCAGUCGGUCACAACUCGGAAGCUAACAAUAUUUUGUUGCUCCGCUGGGAAGAUGAGCACCAAACAGGUGACCUGCAGGUACUUCCUACAUGGCGUGUGCAGGGAGGGCAGCCGCUGUAUGUUCUCCCAUGACCCGUCCAGCAGCAAACCCUCCACCAUCUGCAAGUUCUACCAGAGAGGAGUGUGUGCCUAUGGGGAACGGUGCAGGUAUGACCACAUAAAACCGGCGUACAGAGGUGGUGGCGGGGCUUCAGACAACAAGGCAGGUGGAGGAGGCUCUGGGGGCGGAGCUUCAGUUCGAUCUGAACCCAGGAAGACGAUGGUGCUGAGAGACAGAGCCGACUUGACUUCCUGUCUACAAACAGACUUGGUGGACAAGAGUCUGUCGGUGGGGCAGCUUGACAGCAUGUUUGGGGGUCAAGCAGGCGGCCUGGGUUCAGAGGUCACAGCCGCAGCUCCCCAGUCAUACGUCGAAGCCAUCAGGACGGGCUUGGAAGCUUCGGCGCCAGACCAAGCUCCUCCCCAGAUGGGCGGCGCCUUCCAGGACUUGUCCCAGCUGUGUCCUUACGCCGCUGCCGGUCGCUGUUACUAUGAGGACAACUGCCCUUAUCUUCAUGGCGACCAGUGUGAGGUGUGCAGACUACAGGUGCUGCACCCCCACGACCCUGAGCAGAGGAGAGCUCACGAAAAGAUGUGCCUGCUGGCCUUUGAGAGCGACAUGGAGAAGGCGUUUGCUGCCCAGCUCAGCCAAGACAAGGUGUGUUCCAUCUGCAUGGAGGUGGUGGUGCAGAAGGUGAACCCGUCAGAGCGCAGGUUUGGGAUUCUGUCCUCCUGCUGUCACAUCUUCUGUCUGGCCUGCAUCCGGCAGUGGCGCUGCACUCGCAACUUCAGCAACAAGAUCAUCAAGUCGUGUCCAGAGUGCCGCGUCAUCUCCGAGUUCGUCAUCCCGUCCGUUUACUGGGUGGAGGACCAGGACGACAAGGACCACCUGAUAGAGCUCUUCAAGUCUGGAGUGAGCAAGAAAGCCUGCAAGUACUUCGACCAGGGUCGCGGCUUGUGUCCCUUUGGAGGAAAGUGUUUGUAUCUCCACGCCUACCCAGACGGAACCCGAGCAGAACCCGAUAAGCCACGGAAACAGCUGAGCUCAGAGGGUAACAUCCGGUUCAUGAACAGCGUUCGCUUGUGGGAUUUCAUCGAAGAGCGUGAGCAGCACUCUGGCCGACCUUUGCCCUCCCUGGAUGAUGACAUCACAGAGCUGAGGGAACUCUUCAUGCAGCUGUCGGCGCCCAGCCACGAUGGGCCGGAGGCUUCGCCUGACACUGAGCAGUAGCGACGGCAUGGUGUAAAGACAACAUGAGGCGUUAGAAAGUGAGUUUUCUUUUUGUGUAGAAGUCAGACAGCAACACUCGUUUCCUGCCAGCUUGUAAAUGAAUUCAUGUAUUUAUAGUAGGCUCCAGUGCUUGCUUUUACAAGCUUACACAUGACUGAGCUGUGUUUUAUUCUUGAUGUCAUCAAGCUAAUAAAAGCUCCUGAGUACAAC